AUGUCUCCCUCGUCAUGCCAGGCCCGGAGGGGCUUCAGUGCUCGCUCAGCCUGUUCUGCUCGCCUGGGGGGCCGUGGCGGCGGCGGCAGGGGCAGCUUCAGCAGCAGGAGCUUCAGUUCCUUCAGGGGGUGCAGAGGAGCCUCUCGUGGGAGGGCUUGGGGAUCAGGGGGAGGACCAUGGGUGCAGUUUGGGGAGGGCCGUGGUGGGCCGGGGCUUUCCCUGUGCCCUCCGGGGGGCAUCCGGGAAGUGACCAUCAACAAUAGUCUGCUGACCCCAUUGAGGAUUGAGAUCGACCCCCAGUUCCAGGUGGUGAGGACUCAGGAGACCCAAGAGAUCAGAACCCUCAACAACCAGUUUGCUUCCUUCAUUGACAAGGUGCGCUUCCUGGAGCAGCAGAACAAGGUCCUGGAGACCAAGUGGGAGCUGCUGCAGCAGCAGGGGGUGAGUGACAGCCCCCCGGACCUGGAGUCUUUCUUUGAGGGCUACCUGGCCCAGCUCAGGUGGCAACUGGAGCAGCUCCAGAGCGAACGGAGGGCUGUGGAUGCCGAGCUGAAGUCCUGCCAGGACCAGGAGGAGGAGUAUAAGGCCAAGUAUGAGGAGGAGGCCCACAAGCACGCCACGGCUGAGAAUGACUUUGUGGUCCUAAAAAAGGAUGUGGAUGGGGUUUUCCUGAGCAAGAUGGAGCUGGAAGGCAAGCUGGAUUAUCUGCGAGAGUACAUCUGCUUCUUGAGGCAACUCUAUGAAGAAGAGCUGGGCCAACUCCAGACCCAGGCCAGUGACGCGUCCGUGGUGCUGUCCAUGGACAACAACCGAGGCUUGGACUUCAGCGACAUCAUUGCGGAGGUCCGCGCCCGGUACGAGGAGGUCUCCCAGAGCAGCAAAGCAGAGGUGGAGAUGCUGUACCAGACCAAGUACCAGGAGCUUCAGGCGUCUGCCCGGCUUUGUGGGGACAGCAUGAAGGAAACCGAAGUCCAGAUCUCUCAGCUGCAGCAGGCGAGUCAGAGGCUGCAGAGUCAGAUCGAAAACCUCCAGAAGCAGAAUGCCAGCCUGCAGGCCACCAUCACCGAUGCCGAGCAGCGUGGGGAGCUGGCCUUCAAGGAUGCUUGGGCCAAACUGGUUGAGCUGGAGGCUGCCCUGAGAGCGGCCAAGCAGGACCUGGCCCGGAUGCUGCGCGAGUACCAGGAGCUGAUGAGCAUGAAGCUGGCCCUGGACGUGGAGAUUGCCACCUACCGCAGGCUGCUGGAGGGCGAGGAAAGCAGGAUGUCUGGGGGGUGCACCAGCCAGGUCACUAUCUCCGUGGGUGGAGGCAGCACCGUUGUGUCUGGAGGAGUUAGCGGUGGCCUGGGGAGCACUUGUGGACUCGGAGGCGGGAAAGGCAGCUUUGGGUCCAGCUGCUCCAGCGUCGUGACCGGAGACUCCAACGUCAUCCUGGGCUCUGGGCAGGGCACUGUUUUGGGCUCCUGCUCUGUGUCCGGCUCCGGCUCUGGCUGCCACACCAUCCUGAAAAAGACGGUGGAGUCAAGUCUGAAGACGUCCGUCACAUACUGAGUGACCUGGCAGCCACUUGCUCCCCGUGCCUUCUGGAGCCCUCUCAGCCCUGCCCCAGCUCCACCACCCACGUCCCUGCACGGCCAGCUCCGUGUCCCUUGCCCUCAGCCUGAGCCAGCCCACGGGGACU